CUUGGCUCAAGUCACUGUCCCACUUUCCCUUUUCUCCCUCUGACAGAAGGUAAAGGCGCAGUGCGGCGGAGCUGCAGCACUCAGACACUGGAGUUAACCUGUUGGACGGCCGCUGCUCUGUCACCGUGUCUUCUGUCUGUAGCUGGAUCUUCACACCUCUGAACUGACUGGCAUCUCCUGCAGAAGUCUGGAUUGCUGCACUUUUUCCUCUUGUUUUAUGAGUUGGAAUGAAAUUCUCCUGAACUGAGGCUGCUGUAAUGAGAGCCUCUGUCCUAGGAUCAGUCUGUGCUCUUCUCUUGCUGCUGAGGGAGCCUGUGUGUCGGGGGGAUGAGGUUACCUCCAGCACAGUGAACCCAUGCUGUUAUUUCCCCUGUCAGCACUGGGGUGUGUGUGUUCGCUACGGUGAGGACAAGUAUGAGUGUGACUGCACUCGCACCGGCUUCUACGGUGAAAACUGCACAGUCCCCGAGUUUUGGACCAGAGUGUCUCAGUUCCUCAAACCCGGCCCAAAUGUGGUGCAUUACAUUCUCACCCAUUUCCGCUGGCUGUGGGACAUCAUCAACUACACUUUCCUGCGGGACAUUCUCAUGCGGCUGGUUUUAACAGUGAGGUCCAACCUGAUACCCACCCCUCCAACCUUCAACUCUAAAUAUGGUUACCUCAGCUGGGAGUCCUACUACAAUCUGAGCUACUACACUCGGCUCCUGCCCCCGGUGCCCGAGGACUGCCCCACACCAAUAGGGGUCAAAGGCCAGUCUGGGCUACCUGACCCUGAGCUGCUAGUUGACACGCUUCUAAAGAGAAGGACGUUCAGAGCCGACCCCCAGGGCUCCAACCUCAUGUUCGCCUUCUUCGCGCAACACUUCACCCACCAGUUCUUCAAGACCUUCAAUCGCAUGGGCCUGGGCUACACCAAGGCACUGUCACAUGGGGUGGAUGCAGGACACGUUUAUGGAGACAACCUGGAACGUCAGCUCCAGCUCAGGCUUCACAAGGACGGAAAACUCAAAUAUCAGUUAAUUGAUGGAGAGAUGUACCCUCCCUCUGUAGCUGAAGCAUCCGUUAGGAUGAGCUACCCUCCUGGAGUCCCUGUGCACCAGCAGAUGGCCAUUGGGCAGGAAGUGUUUGGACUUCUUCCUGGUUUAGGAAUGUACGCCACCCUGUGGCUGAGGGAGCACAACCGAGUCUGUGACAUCCUGAAGGCAGAGCAUCCCACCUGGGAUGACGAGCAGCUUUUCCAAACCACACGGCUCAUCAUCAUCGGCGAGACAAUACGAAUAGUGAUUGAGGAGUAUGUGCAGCAACUCAGCGGAUACCUGCUCCAGCUGAAGUUCGAUCCCACCCUGCUGUUUAAUUCCCACUUCCAGUACGGGAAUCGUAUCGCCCUGGAGUUCAGCCAGCUCUACCACUGGCACCCUUUGAUGCCCGACAGCUUUCUUAUAAAUGGAGACGAGCUCUCGUACACACAGUUCCUUUUCAACACGUCUGUUCUGACACACUAUGGCGUGGAGAAGUUGGUGGAUGCCUUUUCUCGGCAACCUGCUGGCCAGAUCGGUGGAGGCCACAACAUCAACGCUGUGGUGACCAAGUAGCCGUGGGGGCGAUUAAAGGAGUCCCGCCAACUCCGCAUGCAGCUUUCAACGAGUACAGGAAACGUUUAACCUUAACGUACACAUCAUUCAGUCA